AUGCCGCCACGUCAACCACCGCAGUUCAUCUCCAUUUUCCUCUUUAUAGUCUUUCUGUGGAUUCUUUUUAGUCCCGAGAGCCCCAGCCAGUAUCUCUCCUUCGGCACCAUCCUGGCCGACCGUGUGGAGCGCCACAAGGCUGCUCUCGAACACUUGAAUGCGUCGUCCUGGGGCGACUUUUCUCCACCACAAAGCGACAGCCCGAAGGACUUUGCGCCGACGUACGUGAACUUUACGGGGUUCCGAGAAGGGGAUGGCCUGGCCUGGGCAGACCUCUCGCGGUUCCAGCAGCAGUGCCAGAGAUGGAGCCACAGGAUCAACCCGCCCAAGGCAGGCCACGAUGGACUGAUGCAUGGCGAGCGGGAGGCGGCUGUCUGGCAGAACGCUACCGGUAUGCUCAAGGGGCAGUGGGUUCGCAAGGAUGCCUCUGUCCAGCGAGGUGUGGCUGAUUACAACCUGACCACCAUGGCGCCGGAACAUGCCUGGCCAGGCGUCUACUCAUCGUGGUCCCGCAACAUCACCGGCCACGAGGGCAAAAUGGUGCUCGACAUGAUCGACACGGGCCGCAACGUGCGGGAAAUGUCCUACGAACUGCCAUCUGACAUUCUCGACACGGCCGGCGGUACCGUCCGGACGGCAAAGGCGUCGCUCGAAGUAGAAGACGUCCACGGCACCGGUAGCACCUGGGAGGUGCGCAUGUAUGGCGUGCAGUGGCCUCGUACGGGAACAAUUCUUCUGACGACGACGAGCGAAAAGUUUGACGGCAUCUUCGGCCUGCCGCACCUGGCCAUGGGCCCAGACUAUUUCCAGUCCAGUCAGAGGCUUCUCAACGAAACUCUUGCCAAUGUCGUACGGAAGGAGUCGACAACCUUUUUCAACACCAUGAGCCUGCCUUGGUCGUCAGACCCCGUCAAUGCCCAACAGGAGGCCCUCGAUCCAGAACCUCACUGCGAAUAUGUGCUGUAUGCCCAGGUCCACCCGCCGGACAAGACGAGCCUCAACAUGAGGGGCUUCGACCCGGACUACAACAGCAUGGCCGAUGUCAUUCGGGACAUCGAGCAAGAGCUCCGUUUCCCAAACGGGGCGCCGGUUCGAGGCAUUCCCGAACUGCAAAUGUCAGCCAUCCUGUGGUCGCCAGACUGCGCGUUCUUUCUAGAGUCAAAGGGACCGCCAGACUUUGCCUCGAUUGACGGCCAACACCUCGUCGGCAGGAAAAUUGAGGUCAUCUAUGGUCAGAUACGUUUCUGGGUCAUGGCUUUCGCCACUGUCUUCUUGGGUCAGGUGUUUCUCUUGAAGGAUCAGAUGGAAGAAUCCUCGACCCCUUCGACGCUCUGUCGCAUCAGCUACGCAUCGAUCAGCAUGAUGGUGGUCCUGGACGGUAUCGUCUUUGGCGGUGCCGUCAUUUGGGCGCUCGACGCUGCCAUCACCUUUGUCGAGUCGCUCUCCCUGCUGAUCACGGCCUUCCUCGCCAUGGCCAUUGGAGGCACAUUCCUCGCGGAGAUGCACAAGGUGCAGGAGCCAUUGGAAAGGAGGCGGGCCGAAAGAGGUUCGCCGCCGGGUCGCGGCACGCCUCGCCCUUCAUCAACACCCCUGCCUCGCGAAGAGUCGCCCGCGGCGCCGAACCCCACGCCCGAAAGCGUGGCAACGCCUGCCCCCGAGUCUACGUCGCCCACACCGGCAACCCCUUUGCAGCGUGCCCCUUCGCCGCCCAUCAUCAUCCCCUCCGAUCAAGACAUUGACGCUGAGAUUGAGGAGAACGAGACGGCCACAGCGGCGGCGGCUAACCCACGAAUACAAGCUGCGUCGGCUCGUAGCAUGAUUGUCGCCCGCUUCGCGCUUACCAUCUCCUUCAUCCUCAUCCUCUCCAUCAUAUCGACAUCCUGGUCCUCUCGUACCCGAUCCCUCUUCAGCAAUGCUCUCGCCCUUUUUUACGUCUCGUUCUGGGUGCCCCAGAUUCACCGUAAUAUUAUGCGCAACUGUCGCCGCGCCCUCUCCUGGCGCUUCAUGAUCGGCCAGUCGAUACUUCGCCUACUACCGCUUGCAUACUUCUAUCUCUGCGAGGAUAACUUUCUCAUGGCCGAGCCCGACCCCCGCGCCUUCUUUGUCUUUUGCGCCUGGCUCUGGGUUCAGCUCUGGAUCCUCGCGGCGCAGGACAUCCUCGGCCCUCGUUUCGGCGUGCCUGCCGGCUGGGCGCCCGAGGCGUGGGACUACCACCCCGUCCUGCGAGAGGACAAGCUCGAGGACGGCAGCUUCCCUGCCGGUCUCCUCUCGUCGCUCGAGCCGGUGCAGGCGGAGCAGGGCAAAGACGCCGCCGUCGCCGGAGCGCGCAGCGCCAAGACGGAGUGCGCCAUCUGCUUCGAUACGCUCGAGGUGCCCGUCAUGAAGGCCGCCGAGGCGGACUCUACCGCUGGCGGCGUGGCGGGCGUGCUGAAUCGGCGCAAUUACAUGGUGACGCCGUGCAGGCACAUAUUCCACAGCCCGUGUCUGGAGAGCUGGAUGCGAUACCGGUUGAAGUGCCCCAUUUGUCGGGACGAUCUGCCGCCGCUGUGA